CCAGAAACUAACUCCCAAAGGACGGCCGCGAACAAGCCCUCCAAGCCCACAUCCUCCAGCACCCGAACGCCGCCGACCUCCGCAACCACCCGGCCGCCAUCCUGACCGAAAUCGACCAGUGGGCCACCGCCCACAACCACUGCAUGAUGACCAUCGGCCCCGAGCGCAGCCAGCCCAUCGUCGCGCUCAUCCGCUCCUCCUCCCCGAGCGUCAUGGUCGAGCUCGGCGGCUACAUCGGCUACUCCGCCAUCCAGUUCGCCGCCGAGCUGCGCCGCGCCACCCCCGCCGGUACCCAUGCACCGCGGUACUACAGCCUCGAGUGCAACGCCGCAUACGCGGCGGUAGCACAGUCACUCAUCGAGUUCGCGGGGCUGGGGGAUGUGGUGCGGGUGCUUGUGGGCGAGGCGGCGGACUCGUUGGCCCAGGUGGCGCGGGAGCUGGAGGCAGAAGACGCGGCCGUGGAUCUGCUGUUUGUGGACCACUGGGGCGACCGGUAUCUGCCGGAUUUGCUGGUCGCGGAGCGGCUGGGGCUGCUGCGGGAGGGCGCGCUUGUGGUGGCGGAUAAUGUCGGGAUGGAAGGGGCAACGGCGUAUGCGCGGUGGAUGGAGGAGGGGGUGCAUGAGGUGGAGGGACGCGUGCUGCGGUAUGAGAGUCGCACGUUGCCGUAUACUUUGGUGAACGGGCAGGAGGUUGGUUGUCUUGAUUCUGUCCAGGAUGCUGUUAUGAUUAGCAAGAAGAUUUGAGGUGAGGGGUGUUUGGAAUAGCUUUGGUGAUGGUUGCGUGGGGAUGAAGGGGAGAUAUAUUCUCCUGAUGGACCGGUUGGACUUUCCCGCGGUGAGGACGGCUUUUGAUCACGCUGUUCGAGCUAUUCUUGCGAUCGACACCUGCCGUUGUGUCGUUGUGUUUUCUAGUAUGAUAUUCUGUGGCGCGUUCAUCUCUGUUGCACGGGGUAAUGGAUAUGAAUGGAAAGC